GUGUCCGCGCCCCCGGGCGGGCACAGACCGAACGGCACCCGCUGGGGGGGGGGGGAAGGGGGGCGUUAAUUAAUGAAUUAAUUGAUUAGCAGGGGUAUAACAUCGUGAGGAGCAAGGGCGGGAGGCGCGGAUCGAGGGCGGCUGCGCUGAAGCGAUACCCGGCACCAUGCUGUCCACCAAGAGGCGCAGCGCCAGCAUCCUGACCCUAAAGGAAAUCCUGGAAAAUGGGUUCGUGGCGGCACCCCCCGGGUGCACCCACCCUUCUCCUGUCUGCAGUUACUAUGCGGACUCCGGCAGCGCCUCGAGACCGAGCACCUUGGAGCUUCUGGUGGACUUGGAGAGCGUGACAAAAAGCAGCUCCCUGUGCGUCCUGAAGCAGCCAGAGGUGCUGGGAAGCUGCGUGAAGCCUGACCCACACAGCCUGACCCAGGGCAGCUCAGACAUCAGCCUCGUCUGCCUCUGCAAGACUCCCUACGGCCACGCUGCCUCCGACCUCUCCGGGCUGCCCAGCCAAGCCGGCUGCCUGAUGGAUGUGGCGUCACACAACACUUCCACGCCGUGCAAGAAAGAAAAGCACCCCAAGCUGCUGGAGAGCCUGCUUUCCAAGAGCACCGAGCACCUGAGCGACUCCUCAACCCCCGGCAAGCCUCCAGGACCCCGCUGGGAGAUCUCAGAAAUAAAAGCCCCCCUGGACACCAGCCUGUUCCUUGACACGAGCACCGAGGAGCUGAGGUUACUGGGGUGCUCCAAGCCGGACACGCCAUCCCUGGAGACCUCCGUCGUCAUUCCUCUGACCUGGCCCGGUGCCUUCAGGAGGCACCCUGCCCUGCCCCACGGCUCUGCCACCCACGAGGCCCAGCUGAGCGAUCUGGAGCCCAGCUCUGUGUUUGCACACCCAGCCCUGUGCUGCUGCUGCUGCCGGGGCUCCAGACCCGAGACGCUGCCGUGAGCUGCCCCACUGGUGAAUCCCAUGGGGUGCAGCCAGCUCGUGCCGGACCACCAGAGCCCCACAGCUUGCUGGUGAUGCACCGAGGUGACGCUCAGCAUCCCCCAGCUGGAGCCAGAUUUUAGGGGAAAGGGCUCAGGACGCUACCAGCUGGCAGCACCCCGAGAGCUCCCCGUUCCUCCCGUACGGUUUUCCUUUGUAUUAACGCAAUAAAGAUUAAAGUUUUUCCUCCUC